AUGAGCAACGCGGACGCGAAGAGUGGCGAUGGCAGGGCGAGCGACGGCGGUUGCGAUCGCGCGAUGAGCCGCGGCGGGAUGAGCUGCGACGGCGCGAUGAGCGUUGGCAAGGCGAGCAAUGGCCGCACCAUGACGGGCGGCAUGAUGAGUGGCGCGGCUACAACGACUCUUGGUGCAGUGGUCGCGAGCAGCGAUACGACGAGCCUUUGCGCGGCGAGCAAUGGCCGCACCAUGACGGGCGGCGAGACGAGCGGCGCGGCUGCAACGACUCUUGGUGCAGAGGUCGCGAGCAGCGAUGGCACGCUGAGCCACAAUGGCCCAUUGAGCAAUGGCGCGACGAGCCAUGGCGAGGCGAGCAACGGCCGCAUCAUGACAGGCGGCAUGACGAGCGGCGCGGCUACGACGAUCGGGGCAGCGGCGCCGCUGGGCGGUGAGCAUCUGGCGGCGCGAGAGCGCGCGGCUGGCGCCCGCGACGCCCAGGCAGCCCGCAGCGGCGCCGAUGAGCGCCGACUGCUUGAGGAUCGGCCCCCGCGCCUCUGCAAGUGCCGCCGUCCGCGGCGCCUGCCGGACCCGGUCGGCCAAGACCUGCUCGGCGUGGCGCCGGGCGACGUCGAGCCGCUCCUCGUGCGACAGGCCGCUCUCGUCGAACGCCGUCGACCGGUCGCCGAUGCGGCGCAGGGAACGUGA